GCUCCUGGAGCAUUACGCAUGCGCCUCUUUCCUUGCCACUCCUCUGGCUUGCCGUAGAAAAGCGAAAGUCAUCCAAUAAGGAGCAUGUCAUAUGCUAGAUUGGUGUCGCUAUGUGCCGCGGCUCCGGGGCUGGCGGGCCUGCUGAGCGGCUCGGUGCUGGCUGCAGGUGAGGGGAAGAAGAAGAGCAGCCAGCCGCCUCUGAGCAUCGAGGAGCUGCCGUCUCUGUACACCAGCCCUGAAGCAGCGGUGGCCCAGUACGUAGAGCCAGAGGCCGGGCCGGUGGAGCAGAGGGUGGCCUCACUGAGGAAAUGGGCAGAACCAUACACGAGCCAGUGUCAGGAAACUGGCCGAGCUGCGUUGGAGAAAGUGGAGCAGGUGUACCAGAGGGUGGAGCCCGUCAUCGGCACAUCAGUAACGACAGUCACAGACGUGUACCAGUUCCUCAGUGACCCUCCUCCUGACCUCUACCCCAGUGUGGCGGCGGUGGGUUUCUCCGGCUUCCUGGGACUCUAUUUGGCCAAAGGCUCCAGGCUGAAGCGGCUGGUGUUCCCAGUUGGCCUCAUGGCCCUGAGCGCCUCCAUGUUUUACCCUCAGCAGGCUGCAACCGUGUUGAAGGUGAGUCGAGACUCGGCGUACACCUGGACUCAGCAGGGCCGCGCCGCUCUGGAGACUCUGUGGAAAAAUCCACCGUUUGGCAAAAAGGAGCCUGAGAAGAAAGAGCAAACGAAGGGCAGCAACACGAGCAGCUGAAGACGGCGAGCCGCUAACACCUGUGUACCUCCCAGAGCUGACGGUCGUUACAUGUGAGCUUCACUUUGAAUCUUUCCAAAACACCUCCGCCUCUUCCCAGAAGCAGUUUGGCUCAUUGCACUGGACACCUCCUCCUUUGUAAACAUUCCUUCUUUCUCCUUCGAUGACUUCAGCUCCUCCGGUUUAACAGGUCACAGUGACCUUUCAAAACACUUCCUCGUGCUUUAACGUCCCAUUCUGCUACAGAGACCCACUAAACUCUGCCAACAACAGCAUUCAGAUCAGUCGUUAACACAUUUUUAUUCAUAUCUGUCAUGAUUUUCUUCUUCUUUUCUCCUAUUUUGAAGUAAACUGAAUAUUUUGACUGUUUGAGCUGGGAUCGACUUCUUUCUUUAGUUUUUACUGUUUACGUCAGUGAACUUAGACGGCAUAUAUCCCAGAGCUUUGCCUCUGUCCUCUGGAGGAGGAUGUAAACGAAUGAAGUCGUCCCCGAUGUAGUAUUCAGGUCACACUGUGAUUCUUAUAAUCCUGAUUUAAUGCAGUAUUAUUGUGUGCACCCAUCUUCAGGUAUUAAUGAACUGCAUAAUAUCCAUGUCUAACAUUGUACUGUAUAUAUUAUGUGUAAUUAAAUCCAGCAUUUAACACUAAAA